UUCUCCUGGGCAUAACGUUUCACCGAAUGUAGAGGAGUUUAUACAGUACUCCUUUUACUAAAAGUUGCUCCGUUAGAAUAUUGAUAAUCUGCUUCGAAUUUGUGUAAAAUAUUGUAGAAUUUCUUUGCAGUAUGCUUUUGUGCUCUUAUAUAUUUUAUAACUGCUAAUAUUUGAUUUAUGUCAACCAUGCUUCAUUGUAGAAUACAUUGGAGAGUCCCUGUAAUUUGGGUAUCCGCUCCGAGAUGCAUGAACAGUUUUGUUUCUCGCUCCCCUUGGGUCACUGAAAUGGAAGGUGUUCUCAAACCUAGUCCUUUCCCUUUUCAAAUCAAUCAGCUGCGACAGAAAAACUCCACCAGGGAACAUUCUGCCCUUUCUGAAGUGAAGGAAUCUGCAAAUGCAGAGCUUACUAUUGCUGAAAAAGUGAAACAAACUACUAAGGAUGCAAGUUAUUUAGGAAUUAUCAUUGCAGGAGUAAGCGUAACAGGCCUGAUGUUUUACGCUAUUGUUAGAGAACUUUUUUCUCGCCAGAGCCCAAACUCUGUGUACACUGAUGCGCUCAAGAUCUGCCGCAAUGAACCAAAAGUUGUUGAUGUCCUUGGGGAGCCCAUAAAAGGAUAUGGCGAAUUGUCGAGUAGAGGACGUAGAAGGCAUGUCAGUCAUUUAAUGUAUGAAAAGAAUGGAAAAAAUUACAUGAGAAUGAAGUUCUACAUAGAAGGUAUUCGAAAAAAAGGAACUGUUCAUCUGGAAAUGAAAGAGGUUAACAAAGGAAAGUAUGAUUACAGAUACUUAUUUGUUGAUGUUGAAGGGUAUCCUUCGAGGACAAUCAUUCUGAAAGAUAACAGGUCUUUGGAUGAAACAACGGAAGUUCCCUUAAUGAAUAUUUGAAAAAGGCUACAACUUUUAUGAGUAUGAAGAUAAUAAUAUAAAAAAGAUGACUCAAUAUAAGGCAGUCUGAGUUCAACUUCCUAAAUGUUCCAGUUUUGAAUGAAUAAAUGAAUUUUCUUCUAAUAAUUGUACAACUUCAAAUGCCUUCUAUGUCUAUUUUUACCUUACGUUUCAAUACACAGGUGUAAAAAAAGCAAGAAUGAAAAUA